AUGACUGGUGGCAAGCGGGACAUGUUUGGCUCUGCUGCGGCAGAUGUUGACAAGCAGACAGAUGCUGCUUUGUUCCUGGACUUUGAUGACUGUGAGGCGGUCUUUGAUGACAAUGAGAGAGUUGAAGUGAGCAACAAGAAUGUUGUUGGCGGUGAUGGCGGUAGGAUAGAGCACAAAUGGUUCAAGGGCAACAAUCUCUGUAUCAGAGAGCUCAGCCAGGCUGAGUGGUCUUGUGCAAUGUGCCAGGGAUCCCAUGCUCAUCAAGCCUGCAACCCAACCACCACCAUCCAGCUCUACACUCCUUGGAAACGCUCCUUCUUUGGCCAGCACAUGUUAAACAUGGUAGAGCCAAAAUGGCACACAAGGAAGCGCACCCAGGAGGAAGGGAGGAUGGAAGAGGUCAGGGAGCACAUAAAGGGCCAUGAAGAAGAGCACCUGUACGUUCAGAACAAGGGGAACAAUAGGCAGAACAUCAUGGUUGUCAUCAGGAAGGAGGGCAGUAGUGAGGAGAUGCUGCUGCAGCGGUUCCACAUCUGUGUCAAGGAGCAGAAGAAGAAGGCCCAUUACUACCAAGAGAGAGCAGCCCUGAAGGAGAAUCCGGCAUGGACCAAGCAGCACAUGUUGGAAGGGAUGCAUCUGGGGGUCUAG